CCGACUUCCUAACACUCCAUCUUCCAUCACCUCCAACACCAUACUGCUACCUCUUUCACUUCCGGCUCUUCGCCUGGUAGAAUACAUUCAUCGUACAAAACGGGUCUGAAGAAAUUGCCGAAAUGCCUCAACCAGCGGGCAGGGCGCACUCUCACAAAGACCUCCCCCCAUCAGUGGAAACGGCCUACUACCGGAAAUGCAUCGAGCUGCGCCGCCGCAUCCACGAUAUCGAAGAGAACAAUGACGCCACGCGUCUGCGAAUCAGUCGUCUCAACCGCGCGAUUAUGAAGAUGCGCCUCGAGCGCGCGUUCCUCCUCGAACAACUCCACAAGCGCAUGGAAUACAAUAUCGACGACUCGGACCGCAGUACCAGCCCCCCGCCCACACCGACGGACAAGCCAUUGCGCAGCAAGCGCACGCAUAGGCAAAAGACACCUCCGCAAGGGACCCAAGGUAGCAGCGUGGCUGGCGGUGCACAGCAACACAGCCCAGGAAGUCUUCACCAGCCGGUCGUGCAUGCUUUGAACCCCAUGUCCUCCGCACAAAGCACGCCCGAUCCGAGCCGUUCAGCCCCGUUCUUCAAUAACCCGCCGCCCGCAAGCUCCCCACACGCUGUUAAUGGCAAUAGUGUGCACGCUCAUUCCGGGCUGCAGUCGUCUCACCAGUCAUCUAUGCACACCCAGCGGCCAACCGAGUCGUCGCGUGGCGCCUUCUAUGAUCCCACCCAAGACGACCAGCAUGCUGCAGGUUCCAGUGCAGAAUAUAGCGAGCGGCGACGCACGCUGUCAGGCUCGCACGCCCCGCCGCCCGACUCGCAGAAUAGCGGGUCUCACGAUCAAGACACGGAGAUGGCGGACGCGUCGAGAGGUGCCGUUGGGGAGAGUGCCUAG